AGCAGGCGAGGCUGACGGCAGGGUAAGCUCCGGGUUUGGUCAUUUGUGCAGGGAUAACAGGCGAGAGCGCUCACCAGGCAUGAAGCAGAGGUUUACAGCCUCAGCAAGUGUAGCUCAGUGAGAUGGUUCAUAGGCAUACACACACUGAAGGUUAAGGACAAGUGUGUUGCACUCAGAGACUCUGUGAGGGGGCGGCAUCAAUGGAGUCCGGUCUUUCCUGUCUGUCUUCACUGGCUGAAGAAGAGAGGCCGCUUUAUGUUCAGCCGCAUUACAAGGAAUCCUACCGCCUGGCCAUUUACGCCCUCAUCUGCGGGGGCAAGGACGCCUACGAGGAGUUCCUCAAGGCCGAGCAAAUCAACCACUUUCUGUCGGAGGAGGAGAUCCUGUUCAUUUUGGAAAAUGCAGAGCUGCCGGCCGGGGACGAUGACUCCGAGGCAAAGCACCCCACCAAGCCGCAGGAGGUCAGCCCCUCCACGUAUUUCCCCACCGAGUCAGACGAGGAGGUGCCCGACCUUGACCUCGGCUGGCCGGAGGUCACGGCGGCCGACACGGACACCAACAUCAGCCUGCUCUUCCACCCGCCGCGGCAAAACACGCCGACCAUCAAAGAGGUGCUGCGGAGACAAAUUCAAAAUGCAAAGCAGGUUAUAGCCAUAGCCAUGGAUGUCUUCACGGAUGUGGACAUUUUCAAAGAGCUGGUCAGCGCGGUGCUCAGGGGGGUGGUGGUCUAUGUGCUGCUGGAUGACUCCCAGUUCAGGAGCUUUCUGAACAUGUCGCAGAGGGUCGGGGUCAAGAUCCAGGACCUCAAGAACAUUCGGGUUCGGACGGUGAAAGGGCCGCAGUACCAGUGUCGGUCCGGGGCGAAAUUCCACGGAGCUCUGGAGCAGAAAUUCAUUCUGGUGGACUGCAAAACAGUUUUGUAUGGAACUUACAGCUACAUGUGGUCAUACGAGAAGGUCAACCUGAGCAUGGUCCUGGUGAUCACGGGACAGCUGGUUUGCUCGUACGACGAGGAGUUUCGACGACUCUUUGCUCGCUCCACCGUUCCCGCUGCUCUGUCCGGGGAUCAGCACCUUAGAGACGCCGUGGCCCUGCACAGCCCAAACGCCAGCCAGCUCUCCCUCAACAAACUUUACAUGAGGUACAGAGUGCCUCAUGGCCUGAGAGGUGCCCAGGAUGAUCGGUUUCAAAAUGGCGCUAUACUAGCCAGGGGCCUGAGCAUGCAAGACAGGCUGCAUCAGUCUCAUCACUUUGAUGUGGGGAAUCUGGUGAAGGGACACAGUUAUGGUGGGGAAUUGCAGCGGAUGAACUCUAUGACUCGUUUGAGGACACUAACCAGGGACGGUGGGGUUCCCGUUACUCCUGAGAAGAAGAAAUCCAAGUUGCCGGGGGGUGAGGACUCACUGCUAACAGACAGGGUGUCUCAAUUGUACCAGAAGCACAAGUUUCGCUACGGUGCUGACCAGCACCUGAUCCCAUUCAACUCAGAGACCUCCCUUCACAGGUGGAAAAUCGACUCAUACUUGAGCAACAAUGAUGCACCUCUAGAUAUGUCGUGCGAUACGCUCUCCCCGUAUGGCAGUCAUACCGGCUUAAACGAGAGUCAGUCACAGCUGAUCCACAGUCGGUCAAGGGAAAUUAAAAUCAGGUUGGAAGAAAUCAGGCAAAAAAGGCUCAGCCUGCAGGAAGCUGCUGAUGUAAGGCAGAGUCAAGAGUCCCUGAGAUCCAUGUACGCAACUCUAGAUAGAGCUAACAUGAAGUCUUCAUUAAGAGGUCUGGAGAUGAGGCAAGGUAUGGCAGAUAUUGAGGAAAACACACAAUAUGGCUCCAGACUGGAUCCAGCCUGGCGUGGAGAUAGAGACCUUCCUAAACUAAGAGAGCCAAAGGAGGAAAGUGCCAAAAGAGAGCAAAUGUUUACACCCAGGGUUUUCAUGGAUGAACACCGCUCUGUCUCUCAAUAUGAUGUGAAAACAGUUCAAGACCAAAAGACUGCACAGAUGCAUGACUGGCAUGAACCUCUUUCCAGGACAACCUCCGCCGCUGAUAUAGAUAUGAAACUGAAGGAUCCAUCUCUUACGCUCUUAAAUAUGCGGAGCAGCGGUCUCAAUAUACAGCAUCCAAGAGCAAUGGAGUCUUUAGUUGAAAUCCCUGAAGAGAAAGAGGGUCCAGCCAAGCUAGCCAACAGUCCAGGCUUAGCUACGCCAAAAGAUGGAAACGAUCGUUCGUUAAAAGAUGGCAAGGUGGGCUCUAUGGCAUCAAACUUGUCUGUGGGAGCACAGAAUCCGGAUCUAGCAAGAGGAAGCCAUGGUUCCGUAACUAAGGCGGCCAAGAGUUCCGGUUCCACUGCCACCAAAGAUGGAAAGAAAGCAACAUCCAAUGUGAAUCCAGUGAUCCCAAACAAAUCUUUUGGAUCUCAGCAUGUGGUGGAAGCUAAGGGUUCCGUCGAAAAGGGACAGACAAAGCAAGAGGAGCCGCCGCUCCAGAGGAAGAAUUCCCUGAGAUUAAAAGUACAAUCGCUGCUUAAUUCAGAUGAUCGGAAAUCACAAAAAAAAGAAGACAAACCUCUCCAAAGAAAGAAUUCGGUCAGGUCACAGACUCCCUCGGGAUCAAACCAACCAGUCAAGGCAGCAGCAUCUCCUGUUAAAAACCCAUUAGCCACAGAGCACACAGCAUCAGCAGGUCCAUCAGCAAGUGCUUACACUGCAGCCGGUGCUCUGCUGGGUGCAGAGAGGCCCAAAGCUCCAGUCCUGAUAGAUAGAUUAGCUCCUCAGCGAUCAAGCAAAAGAAAGAUCAACGUUGUAGCAGAGCUGCAACGAGGCUCAAACAUUUCUUUGGAUGAUGUGGUGUCAGCUAACCAAGCCAGACAGGAGAAGGUUUACAGCCGGUUUGAAUAUUUUCUUAGCACUGAAAGUAUUGCUCCAGACAAACCAGUAAGGACUACAAGCAUGCAUCUAUCAAGCAAGGACAGGAACUCUUUCAGUCCGAGACAUCUUUCUCCUGCCAUGGCACAUUAUUCUGCAUAUCAGGCCCCGACCGCCCCUGACAACAAAAUUGGACGAUUCAUGCAGCGAGUAGGAAACCUUAUAGGCAAGAACAAAUGAGUCAGAGUUGUCAUGUUACUGGGGGAAAAUAGGGAAGGCUUUUCCACGCGAUGAAGGCAAGGUCAUGUAAUGCUUGUAUUGCUCAUUGGCUUAUUUUAGCACUCACAUAGAAAUAUUUACUGUAAAGCUAGUGUAGGUAACUUUGUAGAGUGCACGGAUUUUCAGCAGCAUCCGCCUGAGAUUCGGUCCCUCCUCCAGGCCCCUCCCACCUCAUAUAGACUGUGGCUUUGAUGCUGAUUGAAUUGAUAAGGACACCUCAUGCCACGUCCACCACACACCACGCCCACCUCAUGCUGCGCCCCCUUUGGUGCAGCAUUACCAUUGUUAUGCUAAGCUGGCCAUUUUUGUGAGUAAGCGAGCCUCUGUCUCUUAGAUUAGGGCCAGUUUGUAAAAAUCUGAUCUACUUACAAGAUGGUUAAGUUUAGGCUUGGGCUAAAAUCAGAAUGGUCAAGGUAGAGGAUUAUGUAUUUCUUGAUGUUUUUUGCAUGUAGGUCUCUAUAAAUUAGUGAGUGUCUUGAGACUGGUGAGGCUGGUGUUUGGUAAAGGUUAGAGCCAGGUUACUGGGUUAUGGGGUUAGGGCCUGAUUUGUAAUACUUUGGUCUGAUUUGAGAUGCUUACAUUUAGAUUUUGGCUUUGGUCUGGGCUUAAUGGCAGCUUAGACAGGAGGUCAAAUUGCGGUUGUGGUCCAAAAGAUGGUGAACUUUAUAGUUUGGAGACUUUCCAAGUCGGAUAAUCCAAGUAUUUGGUCAAGAUAAAAUGCCUGUAAUUUUCUGUGAAUUCUAUUCUGUUUUUGUAGUUUAUUUGUAAGGCCCAGGAUCAGAGUUAAUGUAAGUUUUUGAUGCUCAGCGAUGUCCCAAACUUGGUUCAACCACAAUGGAAACACUCCCUCACCUUGAUCUUGUUUUAGCAGAUUUAAGUCCAGAUGUUAUUCAUACCUAUGAAUUGGUUAAUGUUUUCUCUCAGGUGGUUACGUUUAGGUCUUGGGUUAGGUUUAGUCCUACUUUAAAGGACUGGGGUUGGCACUGGACUGAAGGCUGUACAAUGUUGGAUUUUUUCUUGAUAUGAUUGGUUGUUUGAUUGGUACAGAGAUGGAUUUUAACCAAUGAGAUUAUGGCAUGAGGAGCAUGCUUAUAGACAUGAUAUUUUUCUGAAUGCCUUUAGUUUCGAUUGAACCCUCAGGGUAUCAUCAUGAUUUGUCAAAAAUUAUGAAAAACAAAGUUACCUACACAAGCUUAAAAGCUAAAGCACAGGAUCUGAUGAAUCAGUCACUUGUGCUCCUAAAUUAGUGCCUUAACUGCAUGUUAGAAGAAAGCGGUUUUACUGAUUGAAGUCAAAAUCUGUUAAUAGCUCUUAUAAAUGGAAGCCAGUAUAUUUGGAAGUUGAUAAACAUACAAAACACUGCACACUGUACAUGCUUGUCUCAUGUUUGUUAGUAUAAGCGCUCUGGCUUUUGUCAAAUAACUUGACAAAGUUCAACAAGUUUUUCUAGUUAGGUUGGAUAUGCUGCAUUUUUGCUUUGUUCACUGAAUGAAUUUGACAUAUGUGGGUCAACACUCCUCAUGGAAGAUAUUGUUGUUGCAGAUGUUUGCUAAAGUAGAACAUGUUAACCUGAGCCUUGACCUGACAACAGAGAUGGUGUUGAAUGAAGACAUUAGCUGGAUUAGUGAAAUACUGCUUACAAAAAAAUCACAUGGUCCAGUCAUGACAUGUGAAUUCAAAGCACAUAUGUGAAAAUGUGAAAAAAGAAAAAUUCACAUCGAAACAAACACUUCACUGAUGAACUGAAAAUUUUCACAUUGGAAAAACAUGACUGUGAUGUGACUUUUCUCAGAGGAACUGAACAAAUAUCUUCAUCAAAGAUGUGUUUUGUUAAAGUGCACCUCUGUUUUGCAGGUGGGACAGGUUGAGCUAAAAAUAAUUUUAAAAAGACUACUCUUAUCAGGAUGGGAUAUUAACCCUAACCCUGAAGGGUUAUGGCAAGAAUUUUUUUUCCUCCUCACAGUAACUUUUGCAUCACCUCACAAUGGUUUGCAUUACUUUGCAAUAUGUUUUGGGUGCUCACAAUAGACUUUGCAGUAUCCUGCAAUACUUUAGUGUUACCUCACAAUACUUUUCUUCUUCUGUUCCUUCUGAGCCGUCUGUGCAGUGCAGUGGUACGGUGACCCAGUAUGGAUCAGCUCAUUGAAUUUGACUUUGAACUGGGCAUUAACUCUGCUGAUAUAGUGCUACUCCUCAACAGGCACGGUUAUAUGAUUAGUAAAAGUGGGUUAGGGUUAACUAGGAAAAUAUUGUAAAGUAAUGCAAUAGUUGUUGUAAGGUAACACACAAAAAUAUCUUGCCAUGACCCUUCGGGGGCAUUAUGAUAUAACCUGCUGGCCAAAUGCUGGUAAAACUGCAUAUUUUUUUUCCCACUGCAAACAUCAGCUUCAUUCCAUGCUGUGUCUAAAGACAAUUAUCAUCAUGUACAAAGAAAACCUUCCCAAUAACCCUCCACCAUCACCCCAGUCUGCACCGCUGACACCAGUCAGAUCCACUGAGUUAUGUUAUUCCCACCAAACUCUGCUCUGGCCAUCAGCAAGAUCACAACAAAAACUGUUAUUCAUCCAGUUUUGGUGAUCAUGUGCCCACUAUACCUUUAUUUUACCAUUAUUCUCCUGUACCCACUAGCCUCUUGCCGCUGUUUUCCUCCAUGUGAGCAGCAGCUGACUGGUUGUGUUUUGUUCAUUACAUUGUACCUGGUAAACUCUAGACACAGCAGCAUAGAAAAUCCCAGGAAGUCGGCUGUAUGUGAGAUGUUGGAAGAGGUGUGCCCAGGUCCAGUAAUUAUACCAUGUUCAAACUUGCUGAAAUCAGCGUCUUGCUCAUUGUAAUGUUCAGUUUGACAGAAACAGAGCCUUUAAAGGUUUAUUUUACACAUGACUCAUGAGAUUUUGGUUCCUUUUGAGUUUUAACGUAAAUGUGUUACUCUGCAAUGGAGGAUAUUCAAAGAAAUGUUAAUGUAAAAACUAUUGCUAUGUUGUGGAAAGUAUAUCAGAAAACUUUUCUUGCUCAGUCUGGCUUCCAAUAAUAUAUGCAAUGUAAAAAUGUAAGGGCGCAAAAACUUGGACUGUUUUCUGUUGUAUAGAUUCCAGAAAGUAACAUAUAUGUCUGUACAGAAGGGAAAGGAUGUAUAUAUUUUGUAAAGGUUGUGUAAUAUUGAAAAUAACUAAUUUUAUGGUGUGGAAAAAAUGCAUGGUUUUCCCCUGCAAUCUCCAAGUUUUUAGUUGUUCAUGUAGCAGUAAUCUGCUCUGGUCUAUUCACAUCCAGAACAGUAACACUCCAACUACAACACUUUUAUUUUUGGAAUGAAUCACAAUCAACAACAACAACAAAUGUCGCACAUCACUGCUCGGCACAUUGAGGGUGUGAUUAUUAUUUUUUUUUAUUAUUUUUGAAAUGACUCUGAAUAAAUAUCUACAAAUGGUUUCUCAGUAAGAUGGUAUCAAAAUAAUAUAUGAAAUAAAAACUUUUUAUAAUUCA